AUGGCGCCCAUCCUUAUUGCCCUACUCCUUGUCGGCUCUGCCGUUGCACACAUGGGCUACUCGUUGUCCUACAUCGACGAGAAUGUGAAAAAGUGCAUGGACGAUUCAAAGGCGCAGAAAUGGUGGACGAUUGAUCACUUCGAGUUUUCCGCAUCCGUUGAUUCCUAUAAUGCACCAGACGCCUCCGCCCGCUUCAAGUCAUCCCGCACGGCAGGCUUCGUCAACUUUACCCUUACCCAUCCCUCGGUUCCGCAAAAGGCCUACUGUACGGAAAAUAUCAGCGAGAAUCUCCCCUCGUACUCGCGCAACACAUUCGACGACUUUACUCGAGGCAGAACGAUCCACUCGUGCAGCAUUCCCGCUGGCGGCGGAAGCAUGGCAAGCUUUAGCAUCAACGCUGCGUCGGGCGAGCUUCACAUUACCCACCGCUGGAACUGCCCCGACAAGAGCAAUUGGUUCGACAAGUCCUUUGAAGCAACCGGGACGGCAAAGCUUAGAUGUAGCAGCAGUAGGACGAAGAUUAGGCAGCAGAGGAAGCAAGGCGAGGCCGAUGACUCGAGCCGUUCGAUACGCUGCGAGCCUACUACUUUGCAGGUGCCCAUACGUCAGCUCGAACAUCGUAAUGGGCCUUGGAAAAAGGGGACCAUAUAUUUCCUGUAG